AGCAGUGCAUAUUUCCAUCUCUACUGCAGUUUCUCUUCCCAGAUCUUUCUCUAUCUUUCCCAUUCACCCAUUUCUCCUCCGCGGCAAUCAAAGUUGGAGGAGAAGGAGAGUAACUGUGUGUGUGUGUUUGUAUAUAGAGAGGUAUCGUUCACAUCAGCUGAUAUAUUUCCCUUUUUUUGUAAUUUCUUUAUCGCACAACAUGGACAAAGUCACCUCCAUCAUCUCGGUCAGCACCAGCGGCGGUGUGCUGAGUAGCGCGAGCAACGCGGCCCACAUGGCCGAUAGCGAAGAAAGCCUGUGCCCCUCCCUCAGCUUCAAGCAGCGGCUGCAGGGCUGUGCGGCGUGCUGCGGCUUCGGCUUUAUCCUCCUCGUGCUCAGCUGGGUGACGGUCUUCCUGAUGCAGUACGCCCUCUUUGGCGUCCUCUUCUCCGCCGGCAACCUCGCCAUCCUCGGCAGCACCUUCUUCCUCGCAGGACCGGUGCGCCAGUUCAAGAGCAUGUUCAGCGAGGGCCGCUGGAUCGCCUCUGCGGUGUAUCUCCUCUCGAUGGUGCUGACGAUUAUCUGUGCGGUGGUGCUCGACAGCGGCGUCUUGACGAUCAUCAUGUGUCUCGUCCAGAUCUGCGCGCUGGGGUGGUACAUCUUGUCCUACAUUCCGUUCGCCCGCGAUGCGGUGAAGGCAGGACUCUCGAGUCUCUUUAACAGGUAA